AUGCGAUUGGUGUUUGGAUGUGGUGAUAUUACUGCGGGAGCUGUUGCUUCUGCAGCAGCAGCAGGAGGAAGAGGAAGUUCAUCGGAUGAUUCAGCCCUGCAGCCGCCACCCCCGCCACCGAUCGACUCCUCAUCGGAACACCAUCGCGGCCAUCGUCGUUCCUCGUUACCGCCAAUCACGAACACUUCGAAUAUACCUCAUCAUCCAUCACCUAUCACUAGCAGCCAUGCGAUGCCAUUACGAGCUGGAACGGGUGGUCGUACGCCACCUCUUCCGCCGCCAUCUGUCACAACAACAACAGCAGCAUCAACUUUGUCGAGUAUCACGGCUCCAAUUACUCGAACUAGAAGGUCGGUUGUAUUCUAUUAUAUUUUGUUUUGUCAUAAAUUAUGA